UUCAAAUUGAAUGCCGAGUUGUGGAUGAGACUACACGAGCCAAUGUUCGAUAGAUUCACUUUUAGUUCUGUUCUUGCUUUCUUCGGUUUAAUUACACACAACACAGAAAAUACAAUCUACAUCUUUUAGUUGCUUUGCUUUGUCUUGCCACCGUCGUCUUCGUUGUCGAAUAAAAUAAAAAUACAACGGAUUUGUUUUGAUUUGCUUGAUGAUUUUUUAGCUUGUCUCGUCUGCUGCUGCUGUCAGCAGUUAAACAAUCCCAGAGAUACAAGAAAAAACUUCAUUUGCUCCCAACAAAAAGGAAGAGUGGAGAAAGAUGCAAAGCAUCUCUGUGUGAAUACCAAAGAAAAAAAAAAACAAAAAUAAAAACAAUGACAAUAAUAGUUUAAACUAUUUAAAAGAAAAUGUAUUAAGUGCAAUAACAAAUUGUGAAAGUGUAUAAAUAAAGAAAAGUGGAAAAAUAAAGAAUAUUUGAAAAAUCAUAUUUUGCUCGGAUAGCCAACCAGAAUUGAGUGCUAAAAUGUGUAUGUGACAGCAUCUGUGCGGGGACCUCAAUGUGUACUUUUCUGAAGGCUCUUUUUGUUUUUGUGGAUGCUGCAAAAAAUAUUAUUUUAAAGAAAAACAAAAUAUAUGUUCUCAAUACUCAAUAAAUAAAUUAUCAGUGUCGCUUUUGGAGCCAAUUUUCCAAGUCUAUUCAAAAAUAUAUAAGUGAACGGCGAGUUUAUAAUAAUUUAAAUAACAAGUAAACAUUGCUGUUGUUAUACAUAUAUGUAUAUAUUCAACAACCACAACCAUAUCUACGUGUGGCUACGUCUGGCUGUAACGUAUAUAGGAAAAGCCACAAUAUUAUUUUCAAACAUACAUACGUAUGAGUCUGCCCAUCGAUUGCGUUGUAUAUAAAAAAAAAACAACAACAAGAAAUUAUAACAUAAUUUCGUUUUGAAUUCAUCACAUCACUUGUUGUUGUAGUCGUUGUUAUUGUGUUAAUUUAUUUUAAUUGAACUCGAUUUUAUUCGUCGCCGUCGUCUUCAUCGUUCUAUGGAAUAGCAACAGUGCGCCAUCGAACAACAUCAAGAUAAGGAUCUAUUUUACAAAUGUACAACAGCAGCGGACGCUCAAUUUGGAAUCCCAUGUGAUGAAACACAAAUGUACAUCAACACCACAGGCAGUGUCAUCAGCAACGCAACUGCUGCAAUAAAUGUCCCUUGAAAAAAAACCGGCGACGAGGUGCAACGGCCACCAAAGCCUUCUGGUGACACAACAAUAAACAACAGCAACGACUUUUUGCUGGUGCUGCUGAACGUGUGACUCAUGCGGCUAAGGCUGCAUCAUAUGCCUGCUCCACACCAACUUAAUUUAAUUAAAUUGAAAAAUCAAAUUCAAACUGAAAAUUUGAAAAAACGUAAAAAGAGAAGACCUUAGCAGCAGCCAAAAAGAAAAAAAAAACUCAACACACGAAAAGGAAAAAUCCUAAAAAAAGAAACAGGAGAGAAGAUCUACAGCAGCGCUAAUUAACGAAGCAUAUCAAAAAAAAAAAGUUCUGUUGCUUUUCUUGCACUUGAGCACAAUAAAUUUAGAACCAAAACGAAAACCAAAAACAACCAAAGAACAAAAAUCACCAAACACCAAAGUCUGAUCAAGUUAAACUGAAAAAAACACACCCCACCCCCUCAGAAAAAAAAACAAUAAAAAUUAUAUUUUAUAUAAUUUUUCUAUGUAAACUAAUUUUAAUUAUUAAUGCCUUAAACAUGUCGGGAAUAUUUCGCAGUAAUUCCAUGUCAAAUCAUAGCAAUGAUUCAACGCCCAAUAAACGCUUUUCGUUCAGUGCAUUUUGCACCAGCCCGGGUACUCUACAAGAUGUGACAAUGGACAAUCCAUAUGGUGUGGGCUAUCGUUCACCCUGUGUCAGCCUACAGCAGCCAUUCCAAGGCUCCACCUCUCCGGCGGGCCAAGGCAGAUCUGUAAGGGAAUUUGAGGAACAGAUGGCCACAUUGCGCAAGGAGAAUUUCAAUUUAAAAUUGCGUCUGUAUUUCAUUGAGGAAAGUAUACCAGGCUAUCAGCAGGCCUCAAAUUCCAGCGAGGGCCAGGAGACCCUUAUGAAACAGCUCAUUGAUGUGCGAGUCGAAAUGGAAAUUUUGCGCAAAGAAAUCCAGGAAAAACAGGAUCUCCUGAAAGAAGCCGCCCAGGCCAUGACACAAAUGGAGAAGAUACAAAAGGACACCGAGCUGAGAUAUCAGGAAAUGAUUGAUGAACUUAAGCAAAAGAUACAGUACAUGGAAAUGGAUCGUGAAAUGGAAAAGGCAAAGUCGGGACAUGUCAACACGGAAUCGAUGAGUGAUUUACUGGGACGUUCAGAGAUCCAUGAAAACAUGAAUGCCUUGCAAAGGAUACGCGAUCUGGAAUCGUUAUUGAAACAAUCCGAUGAAAAGCUGGAAGAUUUCCAACAGCAAAUAACCAAACUGGAUGAAAUCUUGGCCAAGCGUGAUGAAACCAUCCAGGAGUAUGAGGAAAAAGUCAAGGAACUGGUCUUCCAAAAUGCCGAGCUAUUGGAAUCGGUGGAAAAUCGUGAUCUAGAAUUGGCCACGAAAGAGCGUUCCAUAAAAGGUCUACGUUCCGCAAAUGCUGAACUUAAAUCUGAAAAUGAAAAACUCGUCCUAGCAUUGCAAAGCACUCGGGACAAUUUCGGCAAAGAAAUGUCCAAUAUUAAAGAAUAUGAGAGCCAAAUGCGUCAACAGCAAGAAACCUUAACAAAAAUGCAAACCCAACAGCUAAAACAGGAUUUGCAAAAAUGUAAAAUGGAAGUGGCGGAUAAAAUGUGUUUGGUGCAGGAAUUGGAAGAUAAACUGAGCAAUCGCGACCAACUGUACGACAAGGCACGUUUUACCAUACAAAAAUUAAUGUUGCACAUUAAAAAUCAGCAGGCUGAAAUAAAUCGUCUCAAGAAUCACAAUUCCAGUCAGUCUUCGUCGACGAAUAACAAUAAUAACAACAACACGGCCAAUAAUGACAAAGAGAAUGCUAAUAGUGCCGUUGGCUUAAGUGGCCUAGAGGUUACCGGUUUCUGUCCCUCGCUCAGUGAUUCAGAUGCCAUACAAGAUGUCAUGCCAUUGGCCCAAAAACAAAAAUAUGAAACAAUUAUUCAGGAACAGGAGACGGUUAUUGAAACCUUGAAGGCAGAUAUUAAAAAGAAAACGGCUGAUCUGCAGCAUUUCGUCAACAAAGAGUUGUGGGAGAAGAAUCGUGAAAUAGAACGUCUCAAUAAAAUCUUGAACAACAAUUCUGCCACAAAUGGUAGCCCCACGUCCCCGAAAAAUAACAAUACCAGCAAUAACAACCUGAGUCAAGAAGGUGCUGGUGGUGAGCUGCAGCAAUCCUUUUCCGAUGUGGAAUAUGCCAAGGCUGUGCAACGCAAUAAGCUAUUGCAACGUAAAGUCGAUAUUUUACUACAACGUUUAGGUUCGGAGCGCAAUGCCGAUGCUGUUAUUUCACAAUUACGCACCGAACUGAAACAGGCUCGGGCCGAUGCUGAGCAUGCUGAAAAAUGGCGUCGCCAAUGUGGAGAUUUAUGUGCCACACUGUCAACACGUUUGGAGGAGCUGGCUGGCUUCCUGAAUUCCCUGCUAAAACACAAAGAUGUCUUGGGUGUUUUGGCCGUGGAGAAACGUAAGGCAAUGCGUCGGGCUGUCGAUCGCAGUCUGGAUUUGUCCAAGAGUUUGAAUAUGACUCUCUCCGUUUCGGGUCUUUCCAUGAUUGACCACUCACUGGCUGAGUUACACAAUUUGUCAGAUAUUCUCGGGGAUGUUGAGGCUGGUCUGGCAAAUGAAACAUUUAAUUCUCACGAAGAGUUACAUGCCGUCAGCUGUGUCAGUGGCCAACAACAGCCGUCCAUUGAAAGUCUGAAGGCUGAAAAUAAGGCCUUGAAAAAGGAAUUGGAUAAGCGACGCAAUGCUGAAAACAAAAAGGAGAGAAGGUCCCUGCCACUCAGUGUCAUGUUGGAGAAUCGUGAAAGUGAAUCAGAAGCCUGGUCAGAACCUGAUCGCAAGGUUUCCCUGGCACGCAUUGGCUUGGAGGACCACUCAGCCUCGUUAAUGCCCCCAGCGGCAAAGGAACCUUCCUCUACCCAACAAGCCGAAACCGACAGUGAUUACAGUGAAUCCGGUCAAUUGGAUAGCCGCAAUAUGAAAUCUUCACGUACCCAGGAACGUAUCAAUCAAUUGGAACAAAUAAUACAGCAACGCGAUAAUCGCAUACUCGAAAUACAAAAUCAAUUAGCCGAGGCUGAUAACAUGCUGCGCAAAGAGAAAAUGAAGGUAGAAGAAUACACCGAAGAAUUGGAGGAACUAAAGACGCGCAACAAAGAACUUCACGAUGAUUUGGUAGCUAUUGGUUCCCAUGAACCAUCCACCACUGCCCACGAUGAAUCCAUGCUAUUGCAGCAAAUUGAAGAGAAAUCUCGUUCCCUGGAAAAAAUGCAAGAGGAACAUGAACGCCUGAUAAUGGAGUCACGUUUGGCAGAAAUGCAAAUCAAUUCGCUAAAGGAUGAAAUGGAAAAUAUGAAAAUGAGACACGAUGAGGCCAUGCAAAAAGCCAACGAACAACAGAAACAACAAUUGGCCAUGUUGCGACAAGAAAUGGAUAACAUUCUGCAGGAGUCACUGCAGGCCAAACAACAAGAAGUGGAUGAGUGUCGCAAGCAAUUGGGCGAAUUGCAGCUGCACUUUAUGGAGGCCCAACGCAACAUAGAAUGCCUGCAGGAGAAUGAACAUGAACUGAAACAAACAUUGGUCGAGUCUGAGUUGACGGCCAGAAAUUUGCAGAAACAAAUCGAUGAGAGCACCCUGAGAGCCUCCAAGGCCACAACAGAACGUGUAAAGGCUCUCAAUGAAAAAUUGCAAUUGGAAAAACGUCUCGAGGAAUUGUCUCAAGAAUUGGCCGCAUAUCAAACGGAACGUAGUCAAUUACAACAGCAAGUACAACAAUUGGAGAAUGAACAAUCACAGCUAAUGGAACGUUUGGCUGAGGCGCAACGUCUGGCCGAAGAGGCAGCUGCACAAACAUCUAACCGAAAUGUAGAAAAGAAGUCGGAUGAUACUUGCCAAUCCGGCUAUACAUCUGAAGAAGUUCCCCUGACAAUGGCAAGCGGUGCACAAACCGUCGCCCAACAACGUCUGGGUGAACAACGUAACGCCCAAAACUAUUCACCCGACUUGGGUAUAGAAAGUGAUGCAGGACGUAUAUCAAGUGCCGAGCUGAGCAAUGCCCAAUUGCCGCUGCUGAAGACGGUGGAAAUUAGUCCGAAUAAGGAAAAUCUAAAUGUAACUGAAGAACCUUUGGAUUCCAGUUUGGAAAAUAUCAAACCAUCUAAUUUACCACCCAAUGCAGCUGCGGCGUCAUCAUCCAGUGCAGUUGGACAAGAAAAUUUGGCCUUUAAGAAACACGAUUGUGCCAAGGUAGAGCAAGAGAACGCUGAAUUGCGUCGCAAAUUGUUGCGCACAAAACGUGCCUUCGAAGACACCUAUGAGAAAUUGCGCAAUGCUAACCAGCGCAAAGCACAAAUCGAAAAAGACAUUAAAAAUCAAAUACUCAAAACGCACAAUGUCCUCAAGAAUGUUCGUUCCAAUAUGGAAAAUGAAUUGUAACGACGAUUUGUUAUUUUGGCCAUGGAAGAACAUCGAUCGUUAGUUGUCAUCAAAUAAUGCCAUAAACACUAUCACACACACACAGCCACACCCAUUAAAGACACUUGUUUUUUUAAUUGAUUGUUUAAUUUUAAUUUGUAUUUUUUAUAAAAAAAAAACUUAAUUUAUUUUCUCAAUGUCAUUACCUUUAAUAAUGUAGUUAGUUAGUUUUAGAUGAGUAUAUAUGUGAAACAAACAAAAAAAAACGAAUGCAACGAACUUUCCUAAUCCUGCUGGUAACCAGAAACCACCAACCAACACAAGACUUACAUUUAAUAUCCUUCUCCAAAUGCCAUAUAAUUUUAAGUUUGUUCCAUGUAUUAUUAAUUAUUACUACUUAAAUUUAAUGCCACACACACACACACCCAUGUACUCACACACAUACACCAUAAUACGACUCAUGCCCUUAAUUUUUGUUUGUAACGAGUUGAACGACCAACAAAUAACCAAAUCUACGAUCAUCAUUCAUAUUGAAUGAAUUGUUUUCUCUGCAAUGCACGAUUUAAAAAAAAAAACUAAUUUUUAAUAACAAAUAAAUAAAACUUUACCCAUUUCAUAACCUCAAA